AUGCCUCCCACAGCCAAAGACACCCAUCCUCUCGCUCUCUUUUCCCUCGUGCCUACAAGCAAUAGGGCAAGAGCAGCUGUCGACCAUCCCGAAAACUCCCAUCUUGUCUCACGCAUCACAGACGACCCGGACCACCCCGGUGAUGAUCAACGUGGACUCGACAUCGGCGUAUUCAUCGGUUCAAAGUCACGCUAUACGCUGGCCACUAUCGGGCGCUGCGGCGAUAUCACGGUCGAAGGGGCGGGUAUCUCGCGUAUACAGUGCUCUUUCGAGAUCAACGAGGACAAUAAGACGGAGAUCAUGCUCCAAGAUCGCUCAACCAAUAAAUCGACCCAGUUUUUCGGGACAAAAGCAAUGCCAUUCGAGUUGGGCCGUCCCCAUCGUCGCGUCCUCGUGGAUAAACACGUGAAUCUGGAAUUCGGGUUUGGCGGAGUGGGGUGUGAUUUGUACCGAUUUCGAAUCGUCUGGCAUAAUCGUGGCAAACUGAUGGCCGACUUAUGUAUCGAUUACCGGGAAGACAACCCCCGCCAGACUCGCACCGUCCUGGAUGAGCCGCCGACUAUUGAACCGUCUAGGCGCACUACCCGGGUCCAUACUCCUGGCAACCCAGAGAGGAUCAGGUACUCGUACCGAGAGAUGAUCGGAAGUGGAGGGUUUGGAGAGGUUUGGAAGGUCGCCAAUGUCGAUUCUGGCGAGUAUCUGGCGGUUAAGCGUGUGAAGCGGCCACACCUCCAGUCCUACAAUCAUGUUCUAUUGAAACGGGAAGUCGAGACGUUGUCUCGCAUUUGUCAUCACCAGAGAAACGUCAUAGAAUACAAAUCCGCCGUGUGGGCAGACGAGCAUUUUGAAAUCUUCAUGGCAUUUAGGCCCGGGAACGUCGAAGACCUGAUCCGGCGUGACUUCUUUAUAAAGAAACGAACGGCAGGCGACGCAUUUGUCCACCAAAUGCUUCAAGCGCUUGACUACCUCGCGAGCGAAAGCAUUAUUCACCGAGAUAUUAAACCGGAGAAUAUUUUGUAUUCGCCUAUGCCAGAUGGAGGUCUCCUCUACCAACUCGCAGACUUUGGCCUUGCUAACAUAGUUGCCGACGCCCGAACGUUCGCCGGAUCAAGACUCUACAUGGCUCCCGAGCUAGAAAAUAGCCCGGAUUCGCCUCAGACACCAAAGAUGGAUGUCUGGUCUCUCUUUGUCACUCUCGCGUACGCGUUGAAUGGAGCCGGUUUUCGGCAGAAACCUUUACACAACACGCCCCUGCGAAUCAAGGCAAUCCAGGAGGCGGCCAACGAGUUUCGACCUCUUCGAGACAUGGCACAUGUGGAUCCUAGAGAGCGAGCGACAGCAGGGGACAUGUUGUUGAACAUUAUUGGUUUGGAAAUCCCUUUGAAGACAAGUACACACAUGUCCAAUGCCAACCAUUACGCAUAG